GCUACGCCAUUAAUGGACGCUGCAUAAUAAGAUUUCCUUGAGCUAAGAAAUGUUCAAACCCAAUAAAGCGCACACUUUUUUACUAAAAUGCAUAUGUUUCCUUCUCAUCCAGGUCCCCAGAAAGCCGGACCCGUCAAACGAACUCCCGGCCGUUUGCCGCGCGUCCCGUUCACCCCCGGUCAGCUGAGUGCCUUGGAAGACGCGUACAAAAUGUCCACCUACCUGAGCUCGGAAGAAGCCAACCAGCUGGCGUACAGUUUGGAUCUGACGAACACGCGGGUCAAGAUUUGGUUCCAAAACCGUCGGGCACGGGACCGGAGGGAGAAACGUGAAGCCGCCCUCGGCACGACGACGACGACAAAUGGCAGCGCCGGCGCCCUGACGUUAACCACUGCUGCGGCUGCGCUGGCGCCGGUCGGUCACUUUGCGUACUUCAGUGGGCAAUGCGAGUUUGCGCCCGGAUCGCCGCCAACCGGCUCCAGUGGAACCGAUCGGAAGAAUCCUAUGUAGGGUUUCGAAUUUGUGAUAUAUUUAAGUUGAAAUCUGUUCACUGUACAUAUUAAAAUAUAGAAUGAAGACUAAUGUAUGUGAAUGUAGAAUAGAUUAAGAUAGAAUACAGAAAUAUAUUUUUGAAUAUA